AUGACGCACAUGCCCCCAGUACCAACCGUGACGACGCUUCCGGCACUGUUACCUAAACAGGCCAACGAACUGAUGCCUCCGCCAAUGCCAGCAACCACCGACAGCAAUGUCCCUGACAAAAUACGAGCCGACACCACGGAUGACGAAGGCACUCAGGACUGGAAACGCGACCGCACACGCAAAGCAACAACCACGUCCAGACCUAGACCAAAAAAGAGCGAAUCAAUAGCAAAAGCCCCAAAACCAACACAGAUUGCAAAGACGAAACCGGAACAAACAGAGGACACUCAAACGGACAACACCGCACAUACACAGGACGACCAGCCCACACAAACGAAAGAUGUUGUCGACAUAGACGACAAAAACAAAGAAGAGGAGGGCAACGGCGAAUGGCAGACUAUUCCCCAGCACACCCCAUACCCACGCCAUCAUCAGCAGCAACCUCCACAGAAGCAACUCCCUUGCCACCACUGGCAACAGCCACCACAGCAACUCCACCACUGCCAGCAGCAUCACAGCAGCACAUGCAAGCCCCCAUCUCCCCCACAACCUCCCACACAGAAUCAAAUAUCAGCAACAGACCAGCUCACGCAAGAUGCCAUCGUUCAUGUUACUCAGGCGAUUGCUCAGUCACAGCAGGCCAGUGUUCAGCAGGGUUCCCACAACCCCGCUCCCACCGAGAACAGGGAAAUGUCUAGUCCAGGGCCCGUGGCGCAGCCCAGUGUCCCGCGGCCGAGUAGUGUAGGGCCAGGCGCCGGCGGGAAACCUAACGGUGCCAACGACGCCGUCCUGGCUGCCCCUCCACCCGGCUCUGCUGAUUCUGCUGGUCCUCCUGACACUCCUGAUCCACCGCCAGCUGCCAAUUCUGUCAAGAACCCCAAGGUGCCCCCUAUCAUUGUUCAUGACACGAUCAAUUACUUGGAUCGUAUCUGGGAAUUGCAGAGGAAUCUGUAG